UCAAACCAACUGUUAUUCAAACCAACAGGAGGAUGUUUUUGUUUUUUCUCCACGUUUUUGGAAGCUCCUCAUCAUUCCUCCAUAAAGACCAGAAGUAACCAUCAGUCCUCCCGCGUCCACGUCCCGCCGAUAAUACCUGGACAAAAGCUUCCCCUGGCUUCUUCACCACUCCUCUUCUUCUUCACCUUCAUCAUCAUCAUCAUCAUCAUCAUCUGUGGACGGCCAUACAUGGACAUGGAGUAAGGAUGGGCCGAUGCCUCCCCCUCCUCCUCCUCUUUGCCUCUGUCUGAACCAUUGAUGCCCCCCCGACCCGAACAAGAGAGGGAGAAACACAGAGACAGAUAAAGAAAAUUAGAGAGGGAUAAAAACAGCAAGCUGAAGCAAAAAGGAAAAAGAGAGGAAGAGGGAGGUGGCGCAUCUAUAAUCUCCACGGCAGAGAAACACUUAGAGGGAGGGCGACCACACGGGCGAUUCUGUCUAUCCUGCAACUUCAGGAACCAUCAUCACAAUUUAAUAAGAAUCUGAAAGGCUGCGGUGCUGCAACAAAUCAGUCAUCAUAAGGGAGAGGGCGGGCGAGAGAGCUCCAUCCACUCUGAGAGAGAGAGAGAAGGAGGAUGCAGCGAGGUUUUAACACCUUCCUUCCUGGAUUUAUAUCUUCUGACUGCAACUCCCAGCAGCAAUAAACCUGCGUCUGCAAUAUCAGAGAGCAACUUUAUUAUUAUCUGACACAUAUUCUGCUCCUCUAAGACUGUUGAGACGUCAAGAAAUUAUGUUGUUCCACCAGGAGAGUCUGUGUUUGGUCCUCCUUAUUUAGGAGAAAAGUUCUCAUUUGGAAACGGAUGUAAAAUAAAGGAAUAUUUCUGAGAGUUUUCCCUUUAAGGAGCAUUUUCAGGAGUUUUAUUUUGAAGAGCAACAGGAAGACCCUAUUCUCAAGGACAUCAGAAUAAAACCCAGGCAGCACUCGUGUCGGAUGCAGCAGCUUUCCCGCUCUUUUGCAGCCUUUUUCAUGGCUUGACACCUAACUGCCCUCAGCCCCUCCCUCUGCCCCUCCUACCCCUGUCCUUCCCCGUCAACAUGUCCGACCACUUCCUGUUUCGCUGCCCCGCCCACUCAACUAAAUCUGGUCUGAGUAAGAAGUGAGCGAUCAAGUUAAAGCCCUCACAUCAAACCUUUAAGCUCCACCCCCUUAACCAGGGGACAGAUCUCGACUCUCGACAGGCGGGACGAGCUGAUGCAAGAUGGCGGCUGGCGUGGCGACGUGGCUGCCGUUUGCAAGGGCAGCGGCAGUGGGAUGGCUGCCGCUUGCCAAGAAGACGAUGCCCAAACCUCCCGUGGACAACACGUCCAGAUCAGAUGAGAUCCUGUACGUCAACGUCAGCGGGGUCAGGUUUCAGACAUGGAAGAACACUUUGGAUCGUUAUCCAGAUACGUUGCUGGGUUCCUCGGAGAAGGAGUUUUUCUACAACGAGGACACACAGGAGUAUUUCUUCGACCGAGACCCUGAAAUGUUCCGGCACAUUCUGAACUUUUAUCGCACCGGGAAGCUGCACUACCCACGACAUGAAUGCAUCCAGGCCUUUGACGAGGAGCUGGCCUUCUACGGCAUCGUACCAGAGAUCAUCGGAGACUGCUGCAUGGAGGAAUACCGGGACAGGAAAAAGGAGAACCAGGAGCGUCUGGCUGAGGACACAGAAGCCAAUGAGGCGAUGGACGCCCCUCUCCCCCCACACAGCACCUCCAGAGAGCGGCUGUGGAGAGCCUUCGAGAACCCGCACACCUCCACCAUGGCGCUGGUCUUCUACUACGUCACCGGCUUCUUCAUCGCCGUCUCUGUCAUUGCCAACGUGGUGGAGACGGUGCCCUGCCGGCCCCCCAAAGGCGGCGUAAAGGACCUUCCCUGCGGGGAGAAAUACCAGCUGGCCUUCUUCUGCAUGGACACGGCCUGCGUGCUCAUCUUCACCUUCGAGUACCUGAUGCGUCUGUUCGCCGCGCCCAGCCGCUGCAAAUUCAUGCGCUCGGUGAUGUCGGUGAUUGACGUGGUGGCCAUCAUGCCGUACUACAUCGGUUUGGUGAUGCCUGAGAACGAGGACGUGAGCGGCGCCUUCGUCACCCUCAGAGUUUUCAGAGUCUUCCGGAUCUUCAAGUUUUCCCGCCACUCGCAGGGUUUGAGGAUUUUGGGCUACACGCUGAAGAGCUGCGCCUCCGAGCUCGGCUUCCUGCUCUUCUCCCUCACCAUGGCCAUCAUCAUUUUCGCCACUGUCAUGUUCUACGCCGAGAAGGGCACCAAGGGCUCCACCUUCACCUCCAUCCCCGCCUCUUUCUGGUACACCAUCGUCACCAUGACCACGCUCGGGUACGGUGACAUGGUUCCUAACACCAUCGCAGGGAAGAUCUUCGGUUCGAUCUGCUCGCUCAGCGGUGUGCUGGUGAUAGCUCUGCCUGUGCCCGUCAUCGUGUCCAACUUCAGCCGGAUCUACCACCAGAACCAGAGAGCAGACAAGAUGAGAGCACAGCAGAAAGUGCGUUUGGCUCGGAUCCGCAUGGCGAAGAAAGGAACAGCCAACGCCUUCCUCCAGUACAAAGAAGACCAAACAGUCGGGGACCGGGACAGCGACAGCACGGCUCUGUGUGUGAAGAACAGAUCGGCGUUUGAGCAUCAGCAUCACCACCUGCUGCACUGUCUGGAGAAGACGACGAAUCACGAGUUCACCACUGAGAUGAACUACAGCGAGCUGUGUAUGACUGAGUCCGUGGGCUUCAGGACCAGCCGCAGCACCUCCCUGUCCAGCCAGCAGGGGGCGCAGAAUAACUCCACAGGCUGCUGCCCUCGCCGGGCCAGAAGAAGAGCCGCCAUGAGACUGGCUAACUCCACUGUGUCCGUCAGCCGGGGCAGCGUCCAGGAGCUGGACACCCUGCACGUUAAAACCACCUGUAUACCGCCACAAACUCGAUCCAGCCUGAACGCCCAGGCAGGCGACCUGAAGCUGAACUGCGGCGAACAAGAUUUCACCGCCGCCAUCAUCAGCAUUCCUACGCCACCUGCCAACACUCCUGACGAGAGCCUCCCCCCAUCGCCGGCCCCCAUCCCUGGCAUCCUGCGCAACACCCGAGCCACCGCCUACACCCAUGAAACCGUCAAAAUCUCCUCCUUAUAACGGCUGACCUCACCCGCCGCUUCCUCCCCUUUCCACGCCUGUCCCUCCGCCCUACCAGCCAACCUUUCCCAUGAUCCUUUGAACCUCUGAUCCAGAACCCAGGGCACUGCUAGCUGAGAUUGCAGGGACAGAGACCACGCGGACAGAUACCUCCAGGACUAACGGAUGCUUUCACUUCCUCUUAUCAUCUUUGGGAUGGCGUGGAACGAACCAAAGUGGAUGAAAAAUCAACAAACUGAACCAGACCUUGAUUCUGAAGACCUUCUCAUGCUUUUCUGACCCCCAUUGCACAGCCUCCCCCACACUGGUUUGGAUCUGAUUGCACAAACCCUGGGAGGGUUCAAAGAAAGACGCUAAGACCCCCCAAAGAAAGACUUCAGACCGCCUCAUUUGGUGGGUCAGUUGGAUCGGUUCUGGAGAGGAAACUUGUCUUUAUUUUUGUAGGCAUGAACUUGAGUGGUCUUGUUGAUGAAUCUAAGGGACUGUGGAGCGUUCAGGAUCGUCUAGACUCAGCUGGUUUAACAUCUAAGUCUUCUGCGACUGGAAACCAAACAACCCUCAGCAGCUUUGUUCAUUUUGUUUGUUUUUUGUUGGAAAUAGGUGAUGAAAACCUGGCUAAUCUGGCUCUGAAAUGACACAUAGAGAUUGGUUCCUUUUUUUUUCUUCACAGCAAGAGACUGAAUCUCCAAUCCUGACUGACAUGAAAAUGCUCAGUUCAGUAUUGGAGCCUUUUUUGUUUAAAUUUGAAGCUCAUAGUCAAGGCAUGGUCGAAGUCAAGCAGAGUUUGGCAAAAGUAGAAUGCUCUCUCCUUUUGCUCUGUUUUGGCUGAGUAAGCUGCUUUAUAAAUCCUGAGAUUUCUCCUUCAGACUCCAGCCGACAAACUUGACAAAAUGGAUCGAUGAUGGAGAUGCUGCUGAAAUCUAACACACGAACCAAACCGGGGUAGACUGAUCUAUGCUGAGCCUGAAUACUGUUCACACGACAACACUGAGCUGAUGUUAAAGAGCUAAACCAAGCUGGACUUUCCCAACAAAUCUCUGGAGAGGAAACUGAGGGAUUCUGGACUGGAUUAAUCAGGUCUGACAUUGAUUGGUCUGGUCUGUAGCUCAGAAGUGUUCCUCAGUGCGACGCUGACGCCCAGACUGGGAACGAAAGCCUUUUACUUUUCAAAAUAUGCAACAUUACAACAAGCAGGAAAAUAGCAUCAACAAAUGAAGAGAAUAUUAAUACUAUCAAUAAUAAUGUGUGUUAUAAAGCUACAGUAAUUAUUGCAGGGAACAUAAUGUAAAGCAACUAAGAAAUUCAUUUGUUAUGUGAACUUUUCAGUGAGAGAGAGAACACUGCGAGUAUUCUGCAAUAGGUUUAAACAUGGAGGGGAAAUGCAACGCCGAGAGCUCAGGAGAUUCACACGUGCCCUGAUGGCGUGCACUCUGGGUGAAAAAGAGGAACAUGAAACGUUGAGCAAACCUCUUAUACCUUUAGCUACAAGCACGAGCACAAAACUUUUCUGAUCAGUUUUCCCAUCAGCAUUUCCUGCACUGGACAAGCUUCAAGUUUCAGUUUUUUUCUCUGUUAUCUGGAGUUUAGUUAUUGCUGUUAACAUCUGUGCACUUCCACGUAAAGCAAGGAUUUUUUUUUUAACUUCGCAGCUAUUGCAAAGCUCUGGAUUUGUUCUGACAGCAAGCCAAGCCCAUAAAACUUAAAAUUUAAAGGGGAAAAUGUAGAAGGAUGAUCUGUGUAUUUUAGUUGAAUUAUUCCGAUUGCACCUGUCUGAAUCAGACUCGUGACAAAAAGUCUAAACAGUAAGGUUGACCACAUAUCAGGUGUUUUUUAAAUUUUGGCAAAGAUUUAUGCGCCAAUAGAGCUCAGCAGUGCCACUUUUUUGGCGACUCUGAUUCCGGAAGUAAAAUCCUCUGUUCAAAUCUCCCAUAGAUAUUUUGCAAAGUCCUAACUCCAGUGCUUUCAAUGACUUACACAUUACACAUCACGUACAAAAGUUUUUUCAUGAAACCCUGAAAAGUGUAAAUGCAGUCAUAUCAACAGCUGAUCAUAGUGAGUCAUUUUGUCCAUGCACUUCUGCAUAUUUCCUAAGGUUUAACAAUAAGCCAAUGCUUCUGAAUUUGACUUUAUGGGAUCUUCAAAAGCUUUUUCUAUUUUUACUAGCAGGAAAGUCAAUUUUGUUUAGUUGUCCAAAUAGACAAGUUUAAUUUUUCAGCCAAAAAUUCAAACCCCUUUCAACUUGUAUAUAGUCUUAUGGAGUAUUAGGUACUUUUAAAAUUGUACGUUUCAUCUUGAAGUCAGUCAGUUUCCACGAAGAGCAGUCUUUGACAUCAAAUAAUCAAUGUCUGAUCACAAAUUUUAAAACAACUAUACCCUCUUAUCUACAUCGGCCCCAGAGCUUAUUGAAUUUAUGUCAUGUUUGGCCUUCCAUACAAAUGGUUACAUGUUCUGUUUGGCCUUCCAUGCCAACUUUAUGCCCCUUUUGGUCCCUAUUACAAUUAUAUCCUCUUAUUUUCAUUAGUUCCCAAGAUAUUUUGACCUUCCGUACAGACAUUUUAAUGUUCCUUAUGGUCCCUAGUACAAUUACAUCCUCCUAGUUUCAUCAGUUCCCAAGAUGGUUAAAUUUAUUUCCUAUUUGUUACGAAGAUUGUGAAAUUUAUAGCCUGUUUGGCCUUCCAUAUUCCCUUUUAUGUCUUUUUUGGUCCCUAUUACAAUGAAAUCUUCACAUUUUCAUCAAUUCUCUAGAAUUUAUCCUUUCGUAUGAACAGUUACAUGUUAGGUUUGGCUUUCCAUACAAGUAGCUUUAUGUCCUUUUGGUCCCAAUUACAAUGAUAUUUUAUUUACAUCCCAAGAUUGUUAAAUGUUUGUCUAGUUUGGCCUCCCAUAGAGUUACAUGCUCUCUUUGGCCUUCAACACACACUUAAUGUCCCUUUUGGGCCCGUUUACCAUCAUAUUAUCUUGUUUACAGCGUGAGAGAGAUCGGACCCCAGAUCAUGCUUGAGAUCAUUGCUUAUCAUUUAGCCUCUGUGAAACAAUACAAUAAAAACAACACAACCUUUUCAAAAGUGCACGCCAUCAGCUGUUUGGACCUUCAGCUGUGAGUUCUUUUGGCGAAGCGUUUCCUCGACCAAUCAGAAGUGAGUGUGAGUGAGUGACACACAGACAGAAGAGAAGACUUACAUACUGUAACAUAUUUUGUAUCAUAAACUUUCACCUGCAUCUUCCAAUCAAAUCCUCAAACUGAAAAAAAAGAAAAAAGAAAAAAAAAGAUAGCGAUGAAAGUCUGUCAGGCGUUCCUCCGUGCAUGAGCCUCGUACAGUAGAAGUAGCACUACUGAUCAUAGGAAUUUAUCCGAACCAUAUCAGAGAGAAAAAAGAUAGAAAAAAAAACACAACACAGCGGGGAAAAAAGUCUCAUCAACUGUUCUUUUGCAUGAUGACUCUUUGUUUUUUAUUCUCUCCUGUCAGGCAUCGGUUUGUUUUCCUCAUCCUCCCCCUCCUCCUCCCACCCCACCCCACCCCACCCCACCUAACCUGACCCGAAACGUUUUAAGACGAGUGUUUGCACCACUGAGACGUGUACGUUAGAUUACAGAGAAUUUAAACAGAGUAUAUCAAAUCAUUCAGGCAUGUUCCUCGCCGGAAUGCAAUGAGUGUGAGCGUGCGUGUGAACGGGCGGGUGUUUGCGUGUUGGUAUGAAUGUGUGCGUGUGUUUGUAUGAUGAGCAGUCACAAAUAUGCAUGGAUACCGUUAUAGGUAUUUUAUCUGUUUUCUCCUGCCGUUAUGAGACGAUUGAGAGAAGAGACUAAACACGCUGUCUGUUCACUGGAUGAGAUAUUUAUCUUAUUUAUUGACACUGUUUUAUUUCUUAAAUAUGUUCAUAUGUCUUAAUAUUUUAACAGUUUCACUUUGUUCCGCUCCUGUGACUCCCAGUUUUCAUCUAUUAACCCUUGACAUGAACUCUAGCAGCAAGCUUUACCACCAUAUUUGAUCUACCAGAAGUAUUCUUUUCUUUCAAAAUAAAUGCAUGUGUUAUCUGGAGGAGUAAAGAAUUUGUUGCUAAGGAAAAUAAAAAUUGAAAAAAUUAAAGUAUAUCAAAUAAAAGCGUUUUGAGAAAAUGUCUUAUCAUAUCUUAUGUCAAUGAUUUCACAUCAACCAGGUAUUAUUGGACAUCAGUGAGUCAUUUUGUCCGUGCACACCUGCAUGUUUCUUAAGGUUUAACUGUGACCCAAUGCUUCUGAAUAUGGCUCUAUUGCUACUUCUAAAGCAUACCAAUUUAUACUAGCCAGAAAGUCCAUUGUGUUUACUAGUCCACAUUUUAAGAUUUUAUAGCCCUGUGUAACAUAUAUUAUUAUAUACAGUAAUAGGGACCAUUUUGGCUUCAUGUCAAUCAAAUUGUAGCAAGAGCAAACUUAUACAUAAAAAAAUUAAAUUUUGAUUGUAGCAAGAGCAAACUUAUACAUAAAAAAUUAAAUUCUGAUCAAGGAGUAUUGCAGCAUUGUCCUCCUGUUUGCAUCAGAGAUUAAUAAAAUGUAUGUCCUGUUUGGCCUAACAUACAACCAGGUACAUUUUCUGUGUGAGCUUCCAUACCCACUUUCUGUCUUUUUUGGUCCCCACUACAAUUAUAUCCACUUAUUUCCAUCGGUUCCCAAGAUAGUUUGGCCUUCCAUAGAAAAAUUUUAAUGUUCUUUAUAGUCCAUUUUGCAAUGACAUCCUUUUAUUUUCAUCAGUUCACAAAGUGGUUUAUUCUGUGUCCUAUUUGGCUUUCCAUACAAUCAGAUUUAGGUUCAGUAUGGCCUUCCAUACCCAUUUUAAUGCCACUUUUGCUCCCCAUUGCAAUGAUAUGUUAUUAAUAACAUCAGAUCUGAAGAUUAUAAAAUUUAAAGCCUGUUUGGACUUCCAUAUAAACGGUUUUAUGUCCUGUUUGGCCUUCUAUACACACUUUCAUGGCCCUUUUUGGUCCCUAUUACAAUGCAUUCUUGUAAUUUACAUAAUUUGUAAAGAUCUAAGAUUUACAGCAUGUUUUGCCUUCCAUACAAACUGUUCUAUGUCAAUUUUGGCCUUUCAUUGCUACUUUUGACUCCCUUUUGGUCCUUAUUACAGUGAUAAAUUGAUUCCCAAGGAGGCUGAAUUAAGAUUGAUAAAUAGAUAAGAUAGCUAGAUAGAUAGAUAGAUAAAUAGAUGGACAGAUAGGUAGAUAUACAGCUAGAUAGAUACUUUAUUGAUCUUGAAGGAAAUUCAAGUUUCAGCUUUUCCAUUAUACACAUAACAAGGGCAGUAAUAGAAUAGAAAUCUAUGAAACAGAGAAAAACAGCUCUGUGCAUAAAAAAGGCAGAAAAGGAUUAAAGAUACAUAUAUACAGUGCUUAA